AUGUCACAAAAGACUAAAUAUAAUUUAAAUGAAUUAGUUUCAACAAAUAAUAAAUUAAAUCUUCCAUCAGCUCCAAGAUCAAGCAUGGACGGUGAAGAACAACAACAAGGUAGUGGUGGUUAUAACAAUUACAGACAACAAAGAUCCUAUGGCAGUUCAUACUCAUCACAAUCCAACUCAUUCUCACAAUCCUCACCACAAGGAGGUGAUAAAAAACCAACUGAAGAUGACUUCCCAGCUUUAGGUCAAGAAAAAAAACCAAGACAACCAAGACAACAAUCCUCCCCACAAGACUCACGUAACGAUCCAUUUGGAGGUGCCAGACCAGCUUCAGAUGCCCCAAGAGAGAAUCGUGAUUCACCAUCAUCAAGAGACUCUGGUGAAAGAGAAAAUAGAGGUGAAGAAGAAAGAGAUGAAAGACGUGACCAAUAUGGUGACAACAAACGUGAAGGUGGUUUUGGCGGUAGCAGAUAUGGUCGUGAAGACAGAGAUGAAGAUAGAGAAGAAAGACGUGACCAAUAUGGUGACAAUAGACGUGAAGGUGGUUAUGGUGGUUACAAUAACAGAGGUGGUUACAACAGCGAACGUCGUGAAGGUGGUUAUGGUGGUUACAACAACAACAGAGGUGGUUACAAUCGUGAAGGUGGUUACAAUAGCGAACGUCGUGAAGGUGGUUAUGGUGGUGAAAGACGUGAAGGUGGUUAUAAUAGCGAAAGAAGAGACGAUCGUUUCAGCAAUGGCGUUUCCCCAUUCAAUUUCAGAAAACAAAAUGACAACAACAGACGUGAAGGUGGUUAUGGUGGCGAAAGACGUGAAGGUGGUUACGGUGGUGAAAGACGUGAAGGUGGUUUUGGUGGCGAAAGACGUGAGGGUGGCUACGGUGGUGAAAGACGUGAAGGUGGCUAUGGCGGUGAAAGACGUGAAGGUGGCUUCCAAAGACGUGAUUUCAACAACGGUGAACGUCGUGAAAACAGAGGUGACUACACCACCCAAACCAGAGAUCAAGGUAGAUCAUUCUCAUCAAAGGUAGAUGCCGUCGAUGACUGGAGAAACCCAUCAGAAGAUAUUACUACUAAUGCUUUCAAUAAACAACCAAGAAAACCACAAGGCAGCUAUGGUGGCGAAAGACGUGAAGGUGGUUAUGGUGGUGAAAGACGUGAAGGUGGUUAUGGUGGUGAAAAACGUGAAGGUGGCUAUGGUGGUGACAGAAAUUAA